CAAACAUACAUGAUCCAACGCUUACGUCUCUAGAGUGAAAAGAGGGAGAGAGGGAGAGGGAGAAAAGAGGUAGCGAAAGUGAGAUGUGGGAAUCGAUCUUCCUGACGGUAGCAGCCACCGCCGGUAACAACAUCGGCAAAGUCCUCCAGAAGAAGGGGACAGUCAUUCUACCUCCUCUCUCUCUUAAACUCAAGGUGGUAAGAGCAUAUGCUUCUAAUAAGCCUUGGCUGAUAGGUUUUCUUAUGGAUAUCUUUGGGGCAAUACUGAUGUUACGAGCAUUAUCUCUAGCUCCUGUCUCUGUGAUUCAACCAGUUUCUGGCUGUGGUCUUGCUGUCCUGUCCAUAUUUUCUCAUUUCUACCUGAAGGAAGUCAUGAAUGUUGUUGAUUGGAUGGGAAUUACCUUGGCUGGCCUUGGCACCAUAGGAGUUGGUGCUGGAGGAGAGGAGCAAAAGGCUUCCUCAAUCUCUAUCUUACACUUACCCUGGGUGGCAUGUGGUGUUGCAUUUUUGUUUGUACUCUUGAAUGGAUGGCUUCGUAUUUACAGACGUCAGCGAAGAGAGCAAGAGCUGAUGCAAUCUGAAGUUGUUGAGGAGAUCAUAUAUGGCUUGGAAUCUGGCAUUUUGUUCGGGAUUGCAUCUGUAAUUUCGAAAAUGGGAUUUGUAUUCCUGGAGCAGGGCUUCUCAGCGUUGUUGGUUCCUAUUUGCAUCUCAAUCAGUAUCUGCUGUAGUGCUUCAGGCUUCAUUUACCAGACUCGUGGGUUGAAGCAUGGGAGGGCGGUGGUAGUUUCCACAUGUGCUGCUGUGGCUUCAAUUGUGACGGGCGUACUUGCUGGUAUGCUUGCCCUUGGAGAACGAUUGCCUGAAAGCCCAACAUCUCGUCUCUGGCUUUUGCUUGGAUGGUUGCUAAUUGUUAGUGGUGUGAUCUUAUUGGUAACUUCAACACGGCUGGUUCGGUUUCUUCCCCGGAAGUGGCGACCGGUAGAGAGGCCGUUUGCUUCUCGGCAAGCUAGCUCUCUGAGAAGUCGGGAGGCAACCUCAAACCCAAGUACCAUCAUCCAGACAGCAACGUUGCAUCAUUUGGUAACAUCUCCUGCGAAAGCGAAACCUUAAAAGCUUGAUUGUAUUAGGGAUAGGAUUUAUACAUGUUUGAGUCGAUUAGAGCUUGAUGUUCCAUUAUGUAUACAAAAAUGUUAGUUUUUCGGUGAUC